UACUUGCACGUUCAUUGCCUACUACAGAGAGCCUUCUGUUUCCCCAGUGAGGUAAUUCGUAUGGCCGUGGUCCCUCCCCCAUCCCUCGGCUGGCUCUGGAGUUUUGGGAUGACGCCACUAUCGCUCCGCCCCAGCUGCAAACUCAAUCUUCGCGUUCAUUUCAUUCUUGCCCUCAUUCCGCGCAUACUUCGCAUCUCUGUAGAUACGGAGAGAAUUACAUUCUCAUUCUUGACAGAUAAAAGAAAAUAAACAAACAAACAGUCUAAAUGCAAUUGCCGUAAAGAAAGCCAGACCCCUGAUACAAAUACAGAAAGCUCAAAAUUGUUCCAAAUUUAAUAAACCUAGGUGUCUGAGGUUCUCCACCUCUCUCCCCAACUCACUUCCAGCCUCCUGCUUGGAGGAACCCCCUUCUCUUCUUUUCUUUCUUCUUUUCUUUCCUUUCCUUUCUUUCAUUCUUUCUUCCUCUCUCCCCCCUGACAACCUCCCCCCCCAUCCAUACCUCCAUCUCUUUCUCUCCCUCUCCUCUCUCUCUUUCCUGGCGGCCCCCGUCCAUACUUCCAUCUCUUUCUCUCCCUCUCCUCUCCCUCUCUCUCUCCAUACCUCCAUCUCUUUCUCCCCCUCUCCUCUCCUCUCCCUCUCCUCUUUCUCUCCUCUCCUCUCCGUCUCCCUCUCUCUCUCCUGCCGGCGGCUGCCAGCAUGGACCCCAGUAGCUGGAGUGGCAGCGAGAGCCCGGCCGAGGACAUGGAGCACCUGAGCGACUCGGCCGACAAGCCCAUGGACAACGACGCCGAGGGCGUGUGGAGCCCCGACAUCGAGCAGAGCUUCCAGGAGGCCCUCGCCAUCUACCCGCCCUGCGGACGACGCAAGAUCAUCCUCUCCGACGAGGGAAAGAUGUACGGUCGCAACGAACUGAUCGCUCGCUACAUCAAACUGAGAACGGGGAAAACAAGGACAAGGAAACAGGUCUCCAGCCACAUUCAGGUCCUCGCCCGUCGCAAAUCUCGUGAGCUGCAGUCCAAGCUCAAGGUCACGAAUAUGGACCAGAGUGUGAAGGACAAAGCGCUGCAGAGCAUGGCCUCCAUGUCCUCCGCCCAGAUCGUCUCGGCCACCGCCAUCCACAACAAACUGGGACUGGCAGCCAUCCCCAGACCCACCUUCCCUGGAGCAGCAGGGUUCUGGCAAGGAAUGAUCUCCACCGGCCAGCCUGGAUCGUCACAGGACAUCAAGCCCUUCACCCAGCAGGCCUAUCCCAUGCAGUCCGCCGUGGCCACCGCCAUCUCAGGCUACGAGCCCCCCUCCAGCACCACGGCCCCCAGUACCCCUGCGUGGCAGGGCCGCUCCAUAGGCACCACCAAGCUGCGGCUCGCCGAGUUCUCAGCCUUCCUGGAGCAGCAGCGGGACCCAGACGCGUACAAUAAGCACCUCUUUGUGCAUAUCGGACAGACGAAUCACUCGCACAGCGACGCCCUUCUGGAGUCGGUGGACAUCCGUCAGAUUUAUGACAAGUUCCCCGAGAAGAAAGGCGGCCUGAAGGAGCUCUUCGCCAAGGGACCGCAGAACGCAUUCUUCCUCGUCAAGUUCUGGGCUGACCUGAACUGCAAUAUCCCGGAGGACUCCGGUGCCUUCUACGGGGUGACCAGCCAGUACGAGAGCUCGGAGAACAUGACCAUCACAUGCUCCACUAAAGUCUGCUCCUUCGGGAAACAGGUGGUGGAGAAAGUAGAGACGGAGUAUGCACGCUUCGAGAACGGCCGCUUUGUCUACAAGAUCUCGCGCUCCCCCAUGUGUGAAUACAUGAUCAACUUCAUCCACAAACUCAAACACCUUCCAGAGAAAUACAUGAUGAACAGCGUACUGGAGAACUUCACCAUCUUACUGGUGGUGACGAACCGAGACACCCAGGAGACACUGCUGUGCAUGGCCUGCGUGUUCGAGGUGUCCAACAGCGAACACGGGGCCCAGCACCACAUCUACCGACUGGUGAAGGAAUGAGAGAGGGAGAGCCGGAGAGAGAGAGAGGGAGAGAGAGCGCGUGAUGGAAGGAUGGACAGAGAAAGCCCACCACCACCACCAUCUUGCUUUCGCGGGCGGCUCUUGCGGCUGCUUUAGGUGUGCCCUGACACAGGAGACAAAACCCAGGACAUCAGUAACACUCUAAACUCACAGCCAGGCAGGCAGGCAGGCAAGAAGAUAGACAGACAGCCAGACAGCCAGACUCUCACCCACCCACACAAGAACGUCAGACACUCACACACACUCACCACUCACACACGGAAAGAUGAAAGGAAUGAAAGCUUUUGAAAGACUGGGAAGGUUACAUUUCUUCUUCUUCUUCUUGUUCUCCCUUUUUUUCUUUCUUCUUUUUCUAUUUGCUAGUGGCUGUGCCUCUAAAGAAGACCUCCCUUUACUCCUCAUCUCACCUGACAACCAGCGCGCGCGCGCA